GAAGUGACACGUCAAGCCGGACGGGCAAACAAAUUUCCACUGGACACAUUUGCCUGUUUUAUUUGCUGUCACAUCUUACUUGCAUUAAAAAUUCUUGCCGUGCAAAGUUGUUUCAUAAUUAAUUCGCAAACAUGACGCAGGUGCCCUGCUACACAAUAAUCAACUCGCCGGAUCUGGAGGUGCCCAAUGAGAUGCAACUGAAGCAAGAUUUGGAAAAAGGCGACACGAAUGUGAAAAUCGACACGCUGAAGAAAGUUAUAAAACUUCUACUAAAUGGCGAACGGUAUCCGGGCUUGAUUAUGACCAUCAUACGAUUUGUGCUGCCAGUUCAGAAUCACACGAUCAAAAAGCUGUUGCUCAUCUUUUGGGAGAUUGUGCCGAAGACAUCGUCCGAUGGUAAGUUGCUCCAGGAGAUGAUCUUGGUUUGCGAUGCGUAUCGCAAGGAUUUGCAGCAUCCCAACGAGUUUCUGCGCGGCUCAACGCUGCGUUUUCUCUGUAAGCUGAAGGAGCCGGAGCUGCUGGAACCCUUGAUGCCAGCCAUACGCGCCUGCCUAGAUCAUCGCCACUCGUACGUCCGCCGCAAUGCUGUGCUGGCCAUUUUCACAAUUUACAAGAAUUUCGAUUGGCUGGUGCCCGAUGGCCCGGAGCUGAUUGCCAAUUUUCUAGACACACAGCAGGACAUGUCAUGCAAGCGCAAUGCAUUCCUUAUGCUGCUGCACGCGGAUCAGGAACGUGCCCUCAACUACUUGGCCUCGUGCAUUGAUCAGGUGCACACCUUUGGCGACAUUUUGCAAUUGGUCAUCGUGGAGCUCAUCUAUAAGGUGUGCCAUGCCAAUCCGGCCGAGCGCUCGCGCUUCAUACGCUGCAUUUACAAUCUCCUCAACUCAUCAUCGAACGCCGUGCGCUACGAGGCUGCAGGCACGCUGAUUACUCUAUCGUUGGCACCAACAGCCAUUAAAGCAGCCGCCAGCUGCUACAUUGAGCUGAUUGUCAAGGAGAGCGACAACAACGUGAAGCUGAUCGUCCUAGAUCGCCUGAUUGCUAUGAAGGAGAAUGAGAACAUGGAGAAAGUCAUGCAGGAGCUGGUGAUGGAUGUGCUACGUGUGCUGGCCGCUCCCGACAUUGAAGUGCGCCGCAAAACGCUCGCCCUGGCCAUGGAUUUGGUCUACUCCCGCAACAUAGGCGAAAUGGUCCUAGUGCUGAAGAAGGAGGUGGCCAAGACGCACAAUGUAGAGCACGAGGAUACGGGCAAAUAUCGUCAGUUGCUGGUGCGCACACUGCACACCUGCUCCAUUAAGUUUCCCGAUGUGGCCGGCACUGUCAUACCCGUGCUCGUCGAAUUUCUUUCGGACACCAAUGAGUUGGCUGCCGCCGACGUGCUCAUCUUUAUACGCGAGGCCAUUCAAAAGUUUCCUGCUUUGCGUGCGCUCAUUAUUGAGCAUUUAAUUGAGGCAUUCCCACAGAUAAAGUCGUCGAAGAUACAUCGCGCCGCUGUCUGGAUACUUGGCGAAUAUGUGGAGGGUGGCCAGAUUCUUGAAGUGAUUGCAGCCAUACAGCAAACGCUGGGCGAGAUUCCGAUGGUUGAUGCCGAGCAGCGUCGUCUCGCUGGCGAGCAGACAGACGAGGAGAAGCAGCAGCAGCAGCAACAAUCGUCCAAUGCUACCAACAAUGCAGAGGCCACGCCCACUAGCAAUGCCAGCAAUAAGGUGACCUCCGAUGGCACCUACGCCACCCAGAGCGCCUUCAGCUUGGCACCCGUGGCGAAAAAAGAGAAACGCCCACCACUACUCCAAUAUCUGAUGGAUGGUGAUUUCUUUAUCGGUGCCGCACUCUCGGCCACCUUGACCAAACUGGCUCUACGCUACGCCGAAAUACACCCGGAUGGCCAAUCCCAGAAUCGUCUGACCACACAGGUCAUGCUGAUCAUGAGCUCCAUACUGCAUCUGGGCAAAUCUGGUUUCCCAACCAAGCCCAUCACUAACGAUGACACCGAUCGCAUUUUCAUUUGUCUGCGCACCUUGAGCGAACGCACACCGGAGGCUGUGGCCGUCUUUAUUAGCUAUUGCCGUGAGGCUCUGGGCAAGAUGCUGGACGCCCAGCAUGAUGAGGAUCAGCGUGUGUUGAAGGAGAAACAGCGCGCGGCGGCCAAGGUCCAACCGGAUGAUCCCGUGCUCUUUGCCCAACUCUCCAACGGCCGCGACAAUCAGUUGGGCGAGAACGUGUUCGAGUCCAGCUUGAAUCAGGCACUGGCUGGCAGCAAAACAGCACAGUUAAGCGACAUUGCCUCGCCCAACAAUAAGCUGAACAAGGUUACACAAUUGACGGGCUUCUCCGAUCCCGUCUAUGCCGAAGCCUAUGUCAAUGUCAAUCAAUACGACAUUGUGCUCGACGUGCUUAUAGUUAACCAGACAAACGACACGCUGCAGAACUGCACACUGGAGCUGGCCACACUAGGCGAUCUGAAGCUAGUCGAGCGUCCACAUCCAGUGGUUCUAGCACCACACGAUUUCUGCAACAUCAAGGCCAACGUUAAGGUCUCUUCCACAGAGAACGGCAUUAUCUUUGGAAACAUUGUUUACGACACAGCGCUCACCACCAACGUCGUGGUGCUGAACACCAUACAUAUUGACAUUAUGGAUUAUAUUAUACCGGCCAGCUGCACAGACACCGAAUUCCGCCAGAUGUGGCAGGACUUUGAAUGGGAGAACAAGGUUACGGUCAACACAAGCUUUACGGAUCUGCACGAGUAUCUCAAGCACUUACUGAAGAGCACCAACAUGAAGUGCCUGACACCGGAGAAAGCAUUGUCGGGACAGUGCGGCUUCAUGGCCGCCAAUAUGUAUGCCAAGUCCAUUUUUGGCGAGAACGCAUUGGCCAAUCUGAGCAUUGAGAAGCCUGUAGAUGAUCCAGACUCAAAGGUCACCGGCCACAUACGCAUACGUGCCAAGAGCCAGGGCAUGGCUCUGAGCUUGGGCGACAAAAUCAGUUCAUCACAGAAGCAAACGGUGCAGGCAGUCUAGGAGACUGGCGUGUUUACAACAAAAGAAACUACAAUAACCACAUGAAAUGUAUUUGAUUAAAGGCGCGAUGCAAGGAGGAGUGUUCAUCCAUAUACGAACUGUCACCUUAUACAUACGAAAAUAUAUCUAUAAUGUAAUCAUUAAAAUUCCAAAAUUUCAAUUGAUUUGAAUAAAACAUACACCUAUUUCUAUCACAAA